AUGACACCCCAUCGCACCUUGGAGCCCCCUCUCCGUCCAGAACCAUUCAUGGUCAAACCUCCAGAGUUGAUACAAGACGCCAUUAUGCUCCUUCAUGGCACAUCAUCCGACGGAAUCUCUUUCGGUCAAGAACUCUCGGAGCAAAUUAACUUUGGACUGUUACUACCGCACACUAAACUCAUUUUUCCGUCGGGAAGUCUGAGAAAGACUACUGUUUUUGACGGGAGAGAUACCAAUGCUUGGUUCGAUAUCGCGAAUUUCUCAGACCGAACGCUAGGAGAACAACAGCAGAUGGAGGGAUUGAGGUCAAGCGUGGAAUAUCUGGGAAGGUUCAUUCAGGAUGUCGUGAAUUAUGAAUCUCGUGAUAAAAACUUCCGAUUAUUUGUAGGGGGACUUAGUCAGGGAUGUGCUAUGAGUAUGAUUUUACUGCUAAGUGGUGAGCUUGACAGAUUGAAAGUGUCGCAGAACAUUGGAGGGUUUGUGGGAUUGAGUGGAUGGUUACCGUUCGCAAAUCAAAUUGAUGAGAUUGCUGCAGUUGGGGAGGGUUGGAGAGAGAAGAGGAUUCAUGUUCAAAAGUGGUUAAGACGCGAGUUGGAACUUCAGCCUUGGCUUCCUUGGGAUGGAACACUACCGGCGGAAGAGCACAUGACUAUUUUCUUGGCUCACGGAACAAGUGACGAAAAGGUGAAGUUGGAGUGGGGUAUGGCUAUGGGGAGAGUGCUGGAAAUGGUUGGGUACAAGGUUGAGUGGAAACUAUAUGAGGGCAUGGGACAUAUUACUACGCCAGAAGAACUGGCUGAUAUGACGCAGUUCAUAAAGUACCAGUCAGGUAUGCAGAUGGGCCGCUGA